UAAUAUUACGUAAGAUUUGCACACUCUCACCAGUCACUGCUAUCCAAAUUUCUGAAAAUUCAGAUUAUUUACAGAACUGAUCAUUUCACCAAUCACAAGAAGUAGCCGAAUCUGAGUUUGGUGAAGGUUUUUAGGAAUUUGCAGAGAUGGAGGACCCACCUCAGAUCGCCGUUCUUGGUGGUGGUAUCUUUGUAAGGACUCAGUACAUUCCCAGAUUGGCUGAGAUCUCUCAUCUCUUUGUUCUCAAAGCUAUUUGGAGCCGUUCCCAGGAAUCUGCCAAUAUCACUGUUGAGCUUGCCCGGAAAAAUUUUCCUGAUGUAGAAUGUAAGUGGGGUGAAGAUGGUCUUGAUGAGAUUAUUAAUGAUUCUUCUAUAACUGGGGUUGCAGUGGUUCUUGCCGGACAGUUUCAGGUGGAGAUGUCACUUAGACUGCUAAAGGCAGGGAAGCAUGUUCUUCAAGAGAAACCGGCAGCAGCUUCUAUUAGUGAGGCAGAAACUGCACUCUCACACUACAAUUCAAUUUGUGCCAGCAUCCCUGGCCAACCUAUUUGGGCUGUUGCAGAGAAUUACCGGUUUGAACCUGCUUUUGUUGAGUGCAAGAAACUAAUGGAAGAGAUUGGAGAUAUGAUGAGCAUCCAAGUUAUUGUUGAGGGAUCAAUGAACAGUUCAAACCCUUAUUUCUCAAGUUCUUGGAGACGCAAUUUUACAGGUGGUUUCAUUCUGGAUAUGGGGGUACAUUUCAUUGCAGGAUUGAGGAUGCUUGUUGGAUGUGAAAUUGCCUCAGUUUCGGCUAUCACUUCUCAUGUAGAUACGAUGCUGCCUCCACCGGAUAACAUAUCCUCUGUCUUUCAACUGGAGAAUGGAUGUUCUGGUGUCUUUGUAAUGGUAGUUUCCACGAGGGCUCCUAAGAUAUUCUGGCGUGUUGUUGGCUUAAAAGGAACACUGCAACUUGAGCGAGGGAACAAAGAGGGAAGUCAUGGUUACCAGUUUUCAUUUCAUGGUGCUGAUGGGCAAUGCAAAAGCUCCUUCUACCCGUUCAGUGGGGUGACUGAGGAAUUAAAAACUUUUAUACAUGACAUUUCACAGGCCACCCUUAAGAAGGGAAGUAGAUAUGAAGCCGAAACCCGCCUCUCCUUUGUUGAAGGUGCCCGAGAUGUUGCUGUUCUAGAUGCAAUGCUUGAAUCUGGGAUGAGGCAGGGAGCCCUUGUUCAGGUGAAAAAGUUUUAGGUUAUUGCUGCAGAUCCCUCUGUUGCUGACAUGGUUAUAUCAGCUAUGAAGAUGAUUUUUUAGGUGCUUUAGAAUCUCCAUCCCUUUUAAGAUUAAUAUAUGAAUUCACCCUUGUUAUGGAUAUUAUUUCUUUUGCCCACUCAAUCCUAUAAAGCAAAGUUGAGUUCUAUAUC